GCGCCGGCCGCCCCAGCACCAAUGCGCCGGGCGGGGCGCUGGCGGCCAAGAGGGCAUUGAGCAACUGGGCGGCGGGCGGAGCGCGGGGCCGACGGCAGCACGGGACCCAGUGACCGCGCCCUCGCCCCUCCGGGCUGCCCCGCCGCGGCCGCUGCGCCAGGUCUGUCUUGGGGCUAGUUCUCUGCUGGAGUGAGAAGACCUCCCAUGUGACCCUCUGCGGUGGCUUCAAGCAGGACAGGAACCUCCCUUCGGGCAGAUGGACAACCCGGCUCCAUACCCCUUCAGAUCCCAGCCAAGGUUAUGGUGGAUUUGGGCUGCAGCCCGGGCCUGGGCCUCCUGCCGCUGAAUCAGCCUCGGAGCCUUUAGCAAGAGACCACCCCUCCCGCCAGGGGCCCAGGGCUGGCCAGUGACUAUGCGGCUUGGGCUGUGUGUGGUGGCCCUGGUUCUGAGCUGGACACACCUCGCUGUGGGCAGCCGGGGGAUCAAGGGCAAGAGGCAGAGGAGGAUCAGCGCCGAGGGGAGCCAAGCUUGUGCCAAGGGCUGUGAGCUCUGCUCGGAAGUCAACGGUUGCCUCAAGUGCUCGCCCAAGCUGUUCAUUCUGCUGGAAAGGAACGACAUCCGCCAGGUGGGCGUCUGCCUGCCAUCCUGCCCGCCCGGAUACUUUGAUGCCCGCAACCCCGACAUGAACAAAUGCAUCAAAUGCAAGAUCGAGCACUGUGAGGCCUGCUUCAGCCACAACUUCUGCACCAAGUGUCAGGGGGGCUUGUACUUGCACAAGGGCCGCUGCUAUCCAGCCUGUCCCGAGGGCUCCACGCCAGCCAACAGCACCAUGGAGUGUGGCAGUCCUGCACAAUGUGAAAUGAGCGAGUGGUCCCCGUGGGGUCCCUGCUCUAAGAAGAGGAAGCUGUGCGGUUUCCGGAAGGGAUUAGAAGAGCGGACACGCAGGGUGCUCCACGCUCCGGGUGGAGACCACACCACCUGCUCCGACACUAAAGAGACCCGGAAGUGUACAGUGCGCAGGACGCCGUGUCCUGAAGGGCAGAAGAGGAGGAAGGGGGGCCAGGGCCGGAGGGAAAACACCAAUAGGCACCUGGCCAGAAAGAACAGCAAAGAGCCAGGCUCCAACUCUCGGAGACACAAAGGACAGCAGCAGCCACAGCCAGGGACAGCAGGGCCACUCACAUCAGUGAGACCCACCUAGGCACAGUGA